AGUAAAAUUAAAUUAGCAUGUAAUAGACAGAGACGCAGUGUGGUGUGGAUUUAAAAGAGGAUCCAGGGAAAAUGACACUGUAACCCAAGCUGGGUCACGGGGAUUUAAUUCGGAUUCUUCUCCCUAAAAGUGAAUGAAUGUGCUGAUUACAGAGAAGAGCUCUGGGGUUACUGGAGUCGCACGCAUUGUCAAUACUUAGAAAGAAAUAAUGGACUUCAGCUCGCACGGAGCUCCGGGCGGCGGGCCGGGCGGGCGUCCACUAGGGCGCGCUGCGAGACCGGGAAUCCCCGCCCGCCCGCACCGCGCGCGCACCGGCCCGCGCCCGCUCCAAAUCGUAUUUACAAUUAUUCUUCUUUUCUUUUCCCCCCUCUCCUGUGACAUUUUCUCCAAAUAGGAAAAUGAAGUAUAAGUCGAGCCCUGCCGCGGACGGCCCUCGGUCUUCGCUUUCCGACUCCGGGUCCGGGAAUGGGAUGCGCAGCCCCCGGCGGUGCUCACCCCGGGAGACCGGGUGGGGCCCGUGCCCAGCGCCGCGGGCCCGGGGAUGCCGGAGAGCGCGCGAGGCCCACGCCGGGCUCCGCCCGGGUCGCGGGUGGCGCUCCGAACGCCGCGGGUCGCCGGCCUCGCCGCGGGUUCAAGUGCAUCCCCGAGGCUGAGCCCGCGGCUGCGCGAGCGAGCUCUCCCCUGCGCGGCCCCCUCCGAAGUUCAGUGCGCUCGGCUGCGGCCGGGACCCCUCUCCCAGCGGCACGGCGCGCGCCGCCUGGGCGGACAACGGCCUGCGCUCCCCCGGCCCGCCCCGGGCCCACGGCCGCGGGGCUCCCUUGGGCCCAGCGUGGAGGCUCCGCCUGGGAAGAAGUCCGACUUCCUCUCCGCGCCGCGCCGAGUGGAACCCGGCAUCGGCAGGAAAUCGCUCGAUCGCUCAGCCUGCGCUCUCGCAGUCAGCCCUCGCUUUGCUGAAGAGAAUCAGCUCCCACCAAAGUCUUGCCUCCCCCUCCCCCCGAAAGCCCCGCGCAGGUUUAUGAAGUUCCGAAGGUUUAUGAAGUUCCAACCUGUAGUAUUUUCUUCUAUGUUCACAUUUCAAGAUUUCAUCUGUCCUUCAGAAAAAUAUUUUCAUAAUUAUGAAAACAAAACCAUGACUAGUAUUUUUAACUCUCUUCAGGUAGAUAUAUGAUUGCUGUAAUUUUUAAAAAAUUUAAACUAGAUUAGUACAACCCUACUCAAGGAGUAUAGUGGAGGGAAGAGAAUUUCCAAAUCUAUAAAAUGCAGUCUAUAUGAAAUUGUAAUAUCUAAUGUUUUUGUAAAGAAACUUGGGAAUUAGUACAUUUUAAAUGAAUAUGAAAACAUGUCUUAAAGGGGUUCUGUCAAUACCCACUUCCAAAUGAAAAAAAUCAGAGACUGUUUUCCAUUUUAUAGAAAUACUAUAAUCAGAUAUAAGAAAAUUAUUAGUAUAAUAACAGUUCUGUCAUAUGAUGGAUUCUUUUGAAUGUAUUAUGAAGAGAAAAGAAUAUUCUCCGCCCUUUAUGUGUUUGAGGUACUUGAAGUGGCAAGAAGUUUGUAAAAACUUUACUACUGAAAUCUGUAGGACCAUUAAAAUGUACAAUUAUAGUUAGAGUCACUUAGUUAUG